UAUUAAAGCAUUUGACAACAUAACUUCAGAUGCAUUGAUUUUCAUUGUUCAACACAAAGCAUUGUCUGGCGUGUUGCCACGGUGAAAACCCGCUGGAACGGGGAACUUUGUUAUUAUAAUUAGAUGUAGUAUUCAAGCCCCGCCCACUGAAUGUUUAGCUGUUGAUGCCGAAAACAGUUUUUUCCUUCUGACGUCACGUCCGCCGUGUAUGAACUGUCAAUAACACCGCCAUGGAGGACAGACGAAGUGCUGGUUGAGAAUAAGUUUACACAUAUCGAAGACUAGAUCAACACUAGUUGACAUUCUUACAAAAUGACUAGAAAGAGAGAAUAUAGUCCAGUUGGACGGCAAAAGAAAUCCAAAUCACAAGCUUCAGUUGCAAAUACCAAACAUAGAAGAAGAAACAGAAUGGAGUUAGCUGCAAGCAGUGUGAAUGAAAGUGGCAGUAAGAAAUUAAAAACAAAGACAUCCACACAAGGAAUUCUUAUUGCUGAUGCAGCCAGAUCUCAAGAACAUGAACAGAGCUCUAAACGAAUAAUGACCACAAGAGGGAAAAAAACACUGGGUAAAAUAGCUAUGUCUACAGUAGUUGUGAAGGACAAAAACAUUAUCAAAGAUUCUGAGGAACUUGUUUCCACGGUUCCUGAAGUGAAAAUAGGAGAUAACAUGCAUGUGAAUAAACUUCACAGUAAAAGGAAAGCUAACAGUAGAUCUACAUCACUUGAAGCAGCGGUGAUUGAAGCAAAAGAGGGGCUCAGCAACAAACCAUUGAAAGCACCUUUACGUACCUUGAGUCAAUCACACAAGAUUCGUAAGCAAUCAGCAAAUAGAAAGGCUGCACACAGGAUAGUGAAGAAAAAGCUUCUUGGAAGAAAGGAGUUAAAGUUCAUCAGAAAUCUUAAAUCAUACCGCGAGCAGCCUUCCAUGGUGACCAGAUUAAACCAGGUGAAUGUACCAAAACCAAAACCAAGAAAGAGAACACUGAGUGGGGAAUAUGAGUUGUUAGAUGAAAAUCUUUUGAGAAAACAGUUAAAACAUGAUGAGAGUCUCUUAACUUCUAGAAGUGCAUCACCCAGUUCUCGGUCUGUUGUCAGCCUGAAAAAGCAAAAACAUAAAAGAAUUUUAGCUAACAUACCAAAACAUACUGAAGAAAUUACUGAAUUGAAGAAUAUAGCUGUUACUAGUAUGAACAGACAACGGCCCACAACUACUAAAGGAGGUGCAGUAACAAAUGAGCAUGCAUCUGGGCACACAUCAAGAAUUAAAACUAAACCAAAUCUUCUUAAGAAGUUACAUAGAAGCGAUUGUCCAAGACAUCAAGAAAAUUCCAAAAGUUCAGCACCUUCUCGACCUAGAAAAAUCAAACCUAUAAUGAGAAAAUUGCAAAAAAUUAAAAUGCAGUCAAAUAAGCAUGUUCUUGUAAGAAAGCAAAAAACUAAGAAUACAUUGAAUAAUGAGGAACCACCAGUUCUUUUUGCUGAACCCCAAAGUUCUGAUAGCGUGGAUACUUUGUCUGUCCGUGAAAGUGAUGACUCAGUGGUAACAAUCGUAGAUAACACCACAGUAAUUUCUUCUCCACCUCCAAUCCUAGAAAAGGCCAUAGACAUGUUGACACCUCCCUUGAAUGUUUCAACACCUUCCAUGGAUAUUUCCGUACCAAUAAGGAAGCGUGGACGACCCAAACUUAAAGUUCAGACCAGCGUGAUGGAGAUUGAGAAAACUAACGAAUCACAAACUGGGUAUCUUGAAGUACCAAAAAGAGACCAAGCCUCAGUGGCUUCCUCUUUAUUGCCAGUUCAAGGAAAGGCAGUUACUCUUCCAUCAGAUGUUUUAUUACCAAUUAAGAAGAAACGUGGACGGCCGAAAGUUAAAGUUGCCACUGCAAUGGAGUCUGAGAAAACAUCACUGACUGAUGAUUCAAAAACCAAUGUUUUAGAACCAUCUUUGCAGUUGAAAUCAGGUGGCUUCAGUAUUACUACAAAUAAUUUAUCGGAACCCAUUACUGGAAUGCCAAGAAAGAGAGGCCGUCCAAAACUAGAUGUUGGUCUUAAACAUUUGAAGCAUGGCAAUAAGUUUAAAAUUAAAAGACGAGGAGGUACAUAUGAUUUUCCAGGCAAGAAAAAACAGAAGCAGCCAGUUGGAAAAAAAUCUGCCUUGUUUAUGGCAGUUAACAAUGUGAGGGCUGGAAAAAGGAAACCAAAAUGCAAACGGGUGAAAGAUGUUUUGAAUUCUGUUAGUAGUGAUUCUGAUUUUGAUUGUCAAACAAUCUCACAACAGAUGACCAAUAACACAUUGAUAGAAUCCAUUGAAGAUUUGUCACCCAUACAAAAUUUAGGCAAGCCUGUCAUAUCAGGGAGAAGUGAUCAUUCAUUAGAAGAUUCUGCCCAUAAUUCAACAGUAAAUAACCCAGUUCUUGGUGAAGAAAUAAAACCUAGUUCGAUGAAGGAUUCUGACAGUGAAAGUGACCUUGAUGACCUUCCACUUAUUUCCUUCAUCAAGAAGAAACGUUCCAAAUCAUUUGCAGCUGCUCAAUCAGUGGAAUGCAGCAUAACUUCCACUGAUGUGUCCACUGUUUCAACGCUAUCUCAUGUUGAUCCUAUUCCCAUUUGUGAAGACCAUGUUUUGCCUAAACCAGCUUUAAAUCCUGAAACCAAAAGUUGUAAUUCUGAAACAAUCUCUUUAGUUACAUGUUUAGUGUCAAGUUCAGGAGAUGCAGCCUUCCCUUUACCAGAUAAAAGCCCAUCAGCUGAUGUUACCAGUGAUUCAAAAGAUGUUACUGAACUCUCGGGUAAUUCAGACUCGAGUCAGGUUGUUUUGGAUGUCAACAUGGAACUUGCUGAAAGUACAGUCAGUUCUGAUUCAAAACUUUUAGAAUCUUUACCAUUAACAAGCAGUGUUUCUUUGUUCAAAGAGAUCAAACAAGCUAUUUCUGAUGAAACUCUUUCACAACAACCUGGUGUAAACAAGAUCCAGCUUGCUUCAGUUGAUGAUUCUGAAGCAAAGUUACUGAGUAACUUUAAGGCAUUGAGUACCACUGAUUCAUCUGAUGGUAUAAAUAAAUUGGAGGAUGCAAAUAACAAUCCAGGUGAUGUGCAUACAGACUCACCUCUUGUAGUGUGUAAUUCUGAUGGCAAGGUAGAUGUCCCAGUAGAUGAUGUUCAGUGUCCUUUUGCUGUUGAUGGAAAACCAGAUACAAAUGAAUCUGAAAAUGGCAAAAAUAAACAAACAUCACUCCCCCAAGAAGCAAAUGCAGAUUUUGCAACCAUUAAAGCAUCAGAUGGGUCUGUCGGUACCAAUAAUGAUGCCAGUGGUACGUUAAACCACAAAAAUGAUGAUGAUGAUGUGUUCGAGUCGGAAACAGUAAUCUUAAAACCACAAUCACAAGACUAUUCUGAAAAGAUUAAUACAACAUUCCAAACAGCUGAACAAACUACUGGGUUCGUUUCAAACAAUGUUUGCAAUGAAACGUCUGAGUCUGUUUCAACAGAUGCUUGCAUUGAGAAAUCUGCCGAAGACUCAAAAUCAAGUCACAAAGAGGAAGAAAACACAAGUGAAACUCCUAUAUUUUCAUGUGACAAUUCUUUUGUUGUGUCCGAGACAGUUAGUACAAUUGACCACAAUGAUACUAUUUCUGUUGAUAUGGAUGCAGAGAGCACCAGGGAUGUAGAAAAAGCUAGGAUAUCUACUGAAGCCACAGGUUUAAAAGUUACAUUAACAAGAAACAAAGGCAACUAUAAAAUAUCUGGACAUUCACAGAGUACUGGAAGUGAAAGUGAUGAAUGUGUACCAUUACUGGCACAGAAGAAGGUAUUAAAACCUGGUCUGAGCAAUAUUGUUACAGAUGAAGAACAUGAUGUAAUCAAGAAGUCUCCAGACGCUAGUGCCACAACUAGCAAUGUUGCAUUUGAAGAGCAAAAUUCAUUUACUGGUGAUCUUUCAGAUUCUGAUAACAGAAAGGUACCACCACUUACUAUAAAAAUUAAAGCUGGGGUGACCAAGCCUGUUCGACAGUUUGCCUUGAGACCCAAAGUAACAAGAUCUCCUAUUGAAAUAAUAGCUAUGAAGCAGCGGAAAAUUGAAGAAGAAUAUCAGCAAUAUGAAGCCUACAAACUGGCCAGAAGACAUGAGAAGCAAAUGAACAAACAAAAAUUGUUGCAUCAAGCAAAGGGAUCUGCAGAAACUAAAGCUCCAUCCCAGUCCCUUGUGCAUUCAUCAAAAAUUGACAAGUUACUGGCACACUGUAAGCCAUGUUAUGUUACAUUAGUGGAUUUUGUUAAACAAUUAAAAUUAGGCAAACCUCUCACUGAAAAUGACUCUACUAACACUAGUCUUGUAAGUCAGUUUGAUGAGCAAAGAACAAAAGGUAUUAAGCUAAAAAUUAAAAACAUCUCAAAGCAACCGAAAAUCGUAGGUAAACGUGGCCGACCUCCAAAACUAAAACCUAAACAGGUAGUUUCUGCACCACCAGUUGUAAGCCAACUAGCAUCGGAUAUCAGUGAUGAAAAUGAAAAACAUAUCAAUGAGUUAAAUGAGGAUGGGUUUGCUGGAAGUUUUGUGGAGUUCUUGAAGAAGACAACUGAUUCGAACAAAUUGCUUAAACCAUCAACAGUGCACAAGGAUUCUUCACAGGUGAUCACUCAACAGUCGUCACACACAAUUCUGAAAGGGGAUUCAAAGUAUCCUCUGUCAGAUAACAAAGAUGUCAUGAUGGAAAGUAAAAAUUUGGAAAACCAUAAUGUGUCUCCAACAAAGUAUUGCUGUAAGACCUGUGAUUUUACAACUUCUGUGAGACAAACAAUGGAGAUGCAUGUUUACCGACAUAUUCCAGGCAUUUCUUUCAAGUGUGGCUAUUGUGAGAGUGAUUUUGCAUCCAUGGCAAGUGCUUCUGCUCAUGCUAAGAAUGAGCAUGUGGGUGAAGAAUCAAAAAUAUUGAAAAGCAAAGAAGUAAUAGAAGCAGAUCAUUAUGUCAUUGCUGAAAGUAUGUCAAAUCAAGAAAAAGAUACAAGCCAGACAGCAGGUGGUCAGUCGACUGCAGAUGAAACAUCAGCUCCAGUUGUCAUCAAUGUUGUAGUUAAGGGAAAUGUAGCGUUAACAGCACCUGGUUAUUCUAUUCCUUCUAAGCGCUUCAUAUGCACACACUGUAGAUAUUCUACAAACGUGAAAGAUGACAUUAGUCAACAUGUGCAUGACAUUCAUGGAUCCGAUCAGGUUUAUAUUUGCACACUCUGCAGUGACAGUUUCUAUAGCUCUGAGCAGGAGGUAGUUGACCACUGUUCGUCAACCCAUCCUUCAAGACCUUGUCCUUACAGACAACUGCCAUCAUAUUAUGACAUGGAGCAGCUGAAAGAGGUGCAGAAAAUGAAGCAGGAUGACAGAGGAAACAUCUUUGAACGCAUGACCCAUCUGUUUCAGGCUUCCCCCAGCGUUGACGAGAACCAGCCUGAUGAAGUGGUACGAGAGCAGCACUAUCAUCGGGCUAGAGAAUUCUUGUACAUUCAGGAAGGGUGGAUGAGCAAGACGAGUGCCGAGGCAGACAGCACAACUAGAGAUAUGGAGAACGUGAUGGACACCGAGAACUUAAUGGACACAGGCGUGCAAAAGGAUGCUGAUGUUGAAGAGGAGCAUCAUUUGUCGUUGGAACAACCGACUGUGCCUAUUGCUGUACCAGGAACAGAUGAUGUAGAAAGUUUAAAAACUGUUGAUACUGCCGAAGAUCUGGUAUAUCAAGAACCGCAAAAUGCUGACGAUGACGAGUCAGGAAUUUCAGAACUAAAAAUUAUUGAAGUUGUCAGUCUCCGUGAUAAGCCAGACAUCAUUGAUGAAAAUAUGUCAGAGUCUCAUGUCGACACCACAGAACCUAUAUGCCAACAUACAGAGCAAAGUGUUUCUGAGGAUGUCGUCAAGGUAACAGAACCCACUUCCCAUAGACGAGAGUUCAGUAAGAGGCACAAGGCACGGUCAAGCAGUUCAGUAUCAAGUCGGUCUUCUAAUUUGCCAGAGAUUGAUGUUGAUGCAAUUGUACAGAGAAAUGAGAGGCUAACCUGCACAUAUAAGUGUCAGAAAUGUAACAUUCAUUCUCCGUACCUGUCUGCAAUGGUUGAACAUCUCAAAAAUCACCACACAGAUAUUGAGCUCUUUACAUGUCCUUACUGUAAAGGUAGCAGAGGCAAACGUCCACAGUUUUCUUCAGAAUUGAAUGUUCACGAGCAUGUAAAGAUGGUCCAUCCAACUAAUUUUGCCAAAAAUGAAGUUUCUUUGUCAGAUGCAGCAAAGGAAUUUGUUCAAGUCAUUGCAAUUCCAUCAGGUGCAGAAUGUAGCAAGGUUGGAAACACAUUUGUCAUUGAAAAGGACAUUUACAUGUGUUUAAGAUGCCAGGCUCACAUGCCAUCUCUGGAUUACACGUUUUCUCAUCUUGAGAGAGAGCAUACGGAAGUAUUUGUGUACGUUUGUCCAUACUGUAAAGUAUUCAAGGACAAGACUGAUGAUGUUGUGUUUAAGCACAUCUCAGUUGUCCACAAUCAAAAUGUUAUUGAUGAAUCACUGCCUUUAGCAAUUGAAGACAAUCUCUUCCUUAGAGUUCCUUCAAUUUCUAAAAGUGGAUCUUACAGUGAGCGUGCUCUGGGAUCUAAAAAGUCAAAUCAAAAAGCUAAUAAAGAUAAGCCAACUUCAGCAACUUUUGAAAAGGAGUCUCAAGUCAAAAAAGUAUCAACAGAAAUAUGUAGUGCUGCUGAAAAUGAAGUAAAUGAAAGUAGCAAACCUCUUCAACAAGAAGUCAAUGUGAGUGCAGGAUCGUCUUUUAGUCCAAUUGCCAAGCAACCAAAGAGACAUAACAAACACUUAAAUACUGACCGUGUAAAUCCAAGAAAGCAGGCUGAUCCAACACAUGCUCUGAUGAUGGAUUGUGAAAAUAUAGAUGAUUCAGUAGAUAGUGCUGAUGAUACUGAUGGCAUCUGUAAUGAGGGUGUUCAGGUUAUAUCAUCUGAUUCAAGCAUUUCAGUGUUCUCAUCGUCUGUCACCACCGUUCAAGAAUCCGUUUCCAGUAAUGCAGGUCUGUUAAAUUGUGUAGAAGGGAAAGGACCAGCGGAUGCAAUUUCUUCAUCUCUAUCCAGUUUGGAUGCUACACCAGAUCGGACACAUGGAACACCAUCACCUUCAAAUACAAUUAAAAAUACCCAUGUACCACUAAAUAGAGUUUCCUCUAUCAGUCAGUGUACACCUAGGCGUAAGUCAUCAAUUUAUUCCAUUGCCGAUAGACUGCAUAGGUUGCAUGCUCAGAAUAAAGCAGGUGAAAAGUCUGUUUCAAGUGGGGACUGUAAUAAUUCCAGCAGUCCAGCACCCAUUCCACGUGCAGUGUUAAAGGUGCCCUCUGUGCCUGGUAGAAACACGGUAUCUGUAGCCAAUCCUCAAAUAUCUAUAUCACAACCUUUGUCUACUAGUGGAAGUGUCACAUCCUCUGCUUUGUCAUCAUUAAGUGGAGUGCAGAGGAAUAAAUCUCUUUUAUUCAGUAAUUGUCCACUCGACUUGUCUGGUAAUCCUGUUACUCAGACUACAACUUCUGCGAUUCAACAGUCAACUACAACUGUGGCAUCACAGCCUCCAGUAAGUAGCGAUGAGGAACUAAGACCUGAAUCAUUUCAGAUAUUUAAUUUAAAACCAAAACGAAAGACUGAUUCUCCUCAAAUUCUCCCAGCAAGAACCAUUCCACAGCAAACAGUGUCUCCCCAAGCCCACGUACCAGCUGCCACUCUUUUAUCCAGUGCUCAGUCCGUUCCUUCACUACAAACUAUCCACCACGCCUAUCCAUUAGCUCAUCUGACACCCAUGCCUUUUCAGCAGCUGCCACUUCGGUUUGGGCUUGGUAUACAAAAUUUCAUUGCAACAGGUCAGCCAACACUUAUUACACUACGCCCGCCUCUAAUGGGACCAACAGUAGUACAAGAUCCAAUGAACUACCAAAGGAUGCCUGUCACUCAGCAGGCGCUUCAGGUGCAGCAGCAUCAAACUGUUAGAGUACCCAAGUCUCACACUACCAACUCGUUGCAGUCAUCUAGUGGACAUGGAACAUUGGGUGUAGAUGCAAAAAGUACCCAGCUUAACGCUAAGCAUCAAAGACCGCCCAGUAAUACUGCAACUGUGUCUCAACAACCAAAGUGUCAAUCUCCAGGAUUUGCUACCAAUACAGUACGCCAACAACUUUUACAACAAGCAGAUUUUUAUUGUCCUUACUGUAGUGAGUUCAGGCCUCUCCGAGAGUAUGAGGUAUUGCCGCACAUCCAGAGGAGUCAUCCAAGAAAAGAAGUGUUGUAUCUCAGGCGUGAUAAGAUAUAGUAUCCUGUCUGUUCAUGGCAUCAAGCUUAAUGUAUUUAUCAUAAUAAGGCAGACAUAGUUGAGCCAUCCUUUAUGAAAUAAUUCAUAGUACUUGGCACUAUACAACAAUAUUCCUAUUUACUAUGUUGUUGCAAAAAUAUGAAUACAUUCAUGCAAAUCCGUUGUAUACAUUGAAAUUGUUUGUAAUUUGCUAAGUAUUUUUAAAGAUAGAUUGUGUGGCACAACGGAACACUUGGCGGCAACAGUCUUAUUUUAAGCGAUAUUUGUGACCACGAGUUUUGCCUGAAGCGAUAUGGUGUAUUUUAGUAUGUAUGUAAUUUUACACUAGUUUUGAGAUCUAGCUGUGUCUGAUCUUGUAGGAUUGCAUUAUGCACGAAUCUGAAUGUAAGCAUGUCUUCUGUAUUUGGUAUUUUAACCCUAAUUUGUAAGCUGAAGAAGUAUUAUACAUAAUAUGCAAUAUUAUUUUAUGAUGACGUUCAAAUGUAAUUGAAGGAUAUUUGAAAAUAGGUUUCAUUGUUACAUUGUUUGUAAAUAAUUUUGUGGCGGGAUGGAUUGGAUUCAUUUUUAAAUUACUUAUCUUAGUUGCCUUUACUGGCAUAAAGCAUGUUGACCACUCAUUAUGAUGCAAUUAUAAUUCGAAUUUCCCCCCACUUUUGUUUGAUUAUUCUUCUUUUUUUCUUUGUGUUUCUUCGUUGUGGGGUGUUUAUAGUCUAGUAGACGAAAUAAGCUCUAUAUAGCCAUUUUGUUUUGUGACUUUAACAGUGGUUAAUACCGUUAUCUUAAGCUGUAUAUUACAUGCUCAAAAAUAAUAACUAAUUUGGUACCCGAGUGCACAAGCGAUAGUCAGGUUUGUGUUUGCAUUUGUCAACAAAUAAAUACGUUAUGAGAGUUACUGUGUAUUUUGCUUGUGCUCAAUCAAUAGUUCAAAACAAAAGCGUAUACAUCCUUACCAUGUGGUUUACAUGCUUUGGGCCAUACAAUCGUUUAACGGCACAUCUUUAACUUAAGUUUUUAGUUUUCGUGUAAAAUGUCAGGGAUAGACUAAUGAUGGCUAGUACACACAUUACCAGGAACCCAACAGUAGACUCAUAUAGGUAGUUGAAUUAAUUGAGAAAUAUUUGUUCAUGCUUGUAGUUGUAGCUUCUUGUUAGAAAUGUUACUCUAUCCACAUCAAUGUGCGCCUUUCGAGGCCCCUUUGUUUUCAGAAGCUGUUGAGGCAUGAACUAGCGUGCACUAUUAAGUGACAGUCCUACUGAUGUAGUUGGAGCGCAUGUCGUGGUUAAGAACAACUGUAAACAAAAAAAAACUGACAGUGAUACAGGAGUGCAUCCCCUUACGAUUUCCAACGCUUCUUUUGAAUCUUGUGUAGAUAUACGGUAUUGAAUAUGCUAAUGUGAGUGGUAUGUAUUUUACAGCUUCUUUUACACAUUUAAAAUUUUAUACUGUUUUUGGUGUGUUAACUUGUGAGUAGAUUAACGCAUAUUAUUGUAAAAUGUCUUGGGGGUGGUAGGGAUGGAAAGAACUUCUUUUUGAGAGUGAAAUACCUUCAAUCACAAGUGGCGACCUGUCGAUUAUUGGAGUACACAAACGAUGAACAAAAUGAGUGGUUGUCUAUAACGUAUAAAUUAUUUUUAAUGCAUUCUAGUGAAAGGAACAUAAACAGUAAAUGUGCAUGAUAAUGUGUGAAGCUGGGAUAGGCUAAAGUCUCUCAAAAUAAUUUAUCCAUGUCAUCUCGGUAAAUACCCAGUAGAUACAGAAUGUGUAAUUAUUCAAUAUUGGGAUAAAACGUAGGCGCCUUUUUGGCUGCAAUACAAUUCAGGUGGUGCUUAAUUAAUUUCCAGGAAUAUAUCUUUUACUAUAAACGGAGCCGCCAGAAGAAUGUGUGUACAUAUGUGUAUUUAGAUCCAUUUAUUAACUGUACAAGUAUGGUGGACUUAAAAUAUCGAUUGUAUGCUAGUCUUUUGUGCUAGUCUUUUGUGUAUUUCGAGCAUUGUGUUUGUCGAGCAUUAGUGUAUUCUCAUUUACUCGAAAACCGUACUACGUAUAAGUAUAAUGCGCAUGCUCAGUGAUGUCAUACGAACUUAUUACCAACAGUAAUGUUUUCGUUUUUCACUUUAAUAAUAAAAUAUAUAAAACAUU